CAUAAUGUCACACUCAUAUACCUCUUAUUCUACUUGGUUCAUUCCACCAAAUCGAAUCGUGAUGACUGUAAAAGCGACACCAACAACAACUAGCCUUAGAACUUUCGACAUCGAAGGAGAGCUGAUUUCACACGACGACGAUGGCCGUCUCAAACGAACCGGAAGUGUUUGGACCGCAAGCUCACACAUUAUAACAGCUGUUAUAGGAUCAGGGGUGUUGUCUUUAGCUUGGGCCAUUGCUCAGCUAGGUUGGAUUGCUGGUCCUGCUGUCAUGAUUUUAUUCUCUUUGGUUACCGUCUCUACUUCUUCCUUUCUUGCUGAUUGUUAUCGUGCCGGCGACCCCCAUUCCGGCAAGAGAAACUAUACUUACAUGGACGCUGUUCGCUCUAUUCUUGGUGGAGCUAAGGUUACAUUUUGUGGGAUAUUCCAGUACCUAAAUCUAUUUGGAAUUGUUAUAGGAUACACAAUUGCGGCAUCUAUUAGCAUGACGGCUAUUAAAAAAUCAAAUUGUUUCCAUCAACAUGGGGACAAAAGCCCAUGUCACAUGUCAAGCAACCUAUACAUGAUCAUGUUUGGUGUGAUACAAAUUUUCCUUUCACAAAUUCCAGAUUUUGAUCAAAUCUGGUGGCUCUCAUCAGUUGCUGCAGUCAUGUCUUUCACAUAUUCCCUAAUUGGUCUAGCACUUGGAAUUGCCAAAGUUGCAGAAAAUGGUACUAUCUUGGGUAGCCUCACAGGAAUCAGCAUUGGAGCUGUGUCAGAGACUCAAAAGAUAUGGAGAACUUCUCAAGCUCUUGGUAACAUAGCAUUUGCCUAUUCCUAUGCCGUGGUUCUCAUUGAAAUUCAGGACACAUUGAAAUCCCCACCAUCUGAGGCAAAAUCAAUGAAGAAAGCAACCAAGAUAAGUAUUGCAGUGACCACAGUAUUUUACAUGCUUUGUGGCUGCAUGGGAUAUGCUGCAUUUGGAGAUGAUGCACCUGGAAAUCUUCUAACUGGUUUUGGAUUCUACAAUCCAUAUUGGCUAAUAGACAUAGCAAAUGCAGCUAUAGUAGUUCACCUUGUGGGAGCAUAUCAAGUAUUUUCCCAACCAAUCUUUGCCUUUGUAGAGAAAAGUGCAACACAAAGAUGGCCCAACAUUGAGAAAGAAUACAAAAUUGAACUUCCUUGCCUUCCACCUUACAAGUUGAACUUAUUCAGAAUGCUUUGGAGGACAGUGUUUGUCACCUUAACAACUGUUAUAUCCAUGUUGCUUCCGUUCUUCAAUGACAUCGUUGGAGUGAUAGGUGCAUUGGGAUUUUGGCCACUAACAGUUUAUUUUCCGGUGGAGAUGUAUAUCGCACAGAAGAAAAUCCCAAAAUGGAAUAAGAAAUGGAUUUGUCUACAGAUAUUCAGCUUUGCUUGCCUUGUAGUCUCAAUUGCUGCUGCUGUUGGAUCAAUUGCUGGAGUCUUAGUUGAUCUAAAGAAGUACACACCAUUCCAAUCAAGUUAUUAAGCUUCCUUAGACUUGCUAUAUGUAAUGUACGAAACUCCUGCAUCGGCAAUUGUAAGAAUACGUUUGUAUGUACAAUUAUGUUAUAAAUCAAUUGAAUAUUUGAAUUAUUA